AAGAUGUUUAUUACGUAGAGCCCGCCUUUGUUCACUUUCCCCAAUUCUGGGAAUCAGGAUUAUUCGUGCAGAAUCUUUCACCUUCAUCUCUAUUUUCCUUUAGCUUUUUUUAAUUAAAAAUUAUGAUACAUACAUAGCGUAAAUAGACACCGACAUCAAAAUAAUACUUAUAAGAAAGCUAAUAGAUUUUGUGGAUUGUGUUCGUUCCAUCUCCUCCUCCUCACAAUCGUCAUGUCUGCAGAGAUUGAGAUCCACGGUGAAGAAAUCACACACCCCUUUGAAGAUUUGGCGAUACAAGUUGAGGGAAAAGCAUCAGGGGAGAAUGGGAAUGAGAAUGUGAAAUCUGAUCAUGGGGUGUGUGCGAUUUGUUUGAAUCAGAUUGUUUUGCAGGAAACUGCCCUUGUUAAAGGUUGCGAGCAUGCCUACUGCGUGACAUGCAUUCUCCGAUGGGCAACAUAUAAGGAUGAUCCAACGUGCCCGCAGUGUAAACAUCCAUUUGAGUUUCUCAAUCUUCACAGAUCACUUGAUGGCAGCAUUAAUGACUACAUGAUAGAGGAAAGCGUUUGUCUUCUUCUUCGAGCAUCUUGGUUUGUGCCUAUGGUUGUGGAAUGCCGGGAUGAGGUAGAAGAUGAGGUAGAUGAUUACUAUGCCUAUGAGGAUGAGGAGGAUGAUCUGAAUGAAGUUUACUUGGGAAAUUCAUCUAGUCUGCGUAUUGGCAAUCGGAGGUGGGGAGAUAAUGGAUUUGUUAGAGGAGGAAGGCAAGAAGCACGGCCAGUGUUUCGACCAAAUGUUCAGGAUUCAGGUGGUGGUUCAUCAUCUCGUGAGCCUAAGAACAAAGAGACGAUGAAAGAUACAGCUGCCAUGGGUCGACGAGCGAAAAGGGCUCUCAAACGUGAAGCUGCUGACAAAGCAGCUGCUGCAAAACACCAGCAGCGCUUAGCGAGGUUGGGACGGACGUGAUCCUUGUUGCCUUCAUCUGUAAAUUAUAUAAUAAAAAUUUAGUCUGCAUUAUCUAGCAAUGCUCUGUACAUUAUUUCUUUCAUUUCUAGGAAAUAAUAAUGACAUGUUAAUUGUUGCCUGUGCCCAUUGAAUGGGUUUGUUUGAAAGGUUAAACCUUGUAUCUCUCAAGUUUGAUAUUUUCAUUACACCAUAAUGCUAUAACAGAGUAGUUGGAUUCA